UGGCACUGAGACUACCUAGUAGUAGACAAAAUGGGUUUUCAUUCUGUAUUUCUUGUUUUCUUAGCUGGCCUGGCAUUUUUCUCCGAAGCUGCACCACUGGACUCUGCUGACUCCAAGCACCCUCUUUUUAUAAAAAUUCUGGAUUCAGUUCGAGGAAGUCCAGCUCCAAAUGUGCCAGUUAAGUUGUAUAAGGAAGCUGCAGAUGGAUCUUGGGAACUGUUGAAUUCAAAACAAUCCAAUGACAACGGAGAGCUCCAUGAGCUCACAACUAAAGAACAAUUUGCAACAGGGAUAUACAAGAUUGAUCUUGACACAGCCUCUUACUGGAAGAGACUGGGCUUGAAUCCCUUCCAUCACCAUGCUGAUGUGGUGUUCACAGCUAAUGAUUCUGGUUAUCGACAUUACUCCAUUACUGUUUUCCUCAGUCCCUUUUCUUACUCAAAUACAGCAGUAGUUAGUGAGCCAGUGGAAUAGAAGGUGACAUUAAGCAUGAAAAUUUAGACAUGUAAAUUAAAAUUUCCAUAAA